UAUUUAUUUGAUUAUUGUUGUACGUUCCCGCGUCUAUAUGGUUUAGUGGUUCGUCGUGUAAAACUAUACGUGUACGAAUCGCAACGGUGUAACUGUGAAAAAGUAGCAGAAACAUUUAAUAAGAUUUUGUGAAACGUUUUUGGAUUAUUUUGAACAUUAAAGAAAUUAUGUCUGCUUUUAACUUAAAUGAAUUAAAAGAUGUUUUAAAGGAUAACGCUGAAAAAUCCGGCGUUUCUUUUGCAGGGAGAAAUCUCAAACUUGAUACUGAACAAGAUGCAAUAGAAGUAAUUAAAGCAAUAGAAGAAUGUCCACACUUGGAAUUCUUCAAUUUAGAAGGGAACACAUUAGGACCGCUCGCAGCAGAAGCUGUAGCUCAAGCGUUACAGAAAAAUGGAGCUCUUCUAAAAAGAGCUCUUUGGAAAGACAUGUUUACUAGUCGAUCUAAAUCAGAAAUUCCUCGAGCUUUAGAAUACCUUGGCACUUCUUUAUCUAUGGCUGGUGCACAGCUUACCGAAUUAGAGUUAAGCGACAAUGCUUUUGGUCCAAUUGGUAUUAAAGGAUUAGCAGAAUUUUUAACUUCUAGAACAUGUUAUUCUCUUCGUGAAUUACAUUUAAAUAAUAAUGGACUCGGUAUAUUUGGAGGUAAAAUAUUAGCUAAAGCUUUAUUGGAUUGUUGUCAAUAUAGUUCACGCGACGAAACGCAAUUAGCAUUAAAAGUGUUUGAAGUUGGAAGAAAUCGAUUGGAAAAUGAAGGCGCUGAAGCUUUGGCAUCUGUAUUUAAAAAAUUAACAACUUUAGAGGAAGUCGCAAUGCCUCAAAAUGGUAUAUCACAUCGAGGAAUUAUAGCGCUUACUAAAGGUUUAUCUGCCAAUCCAAGAUUACGUGUUUUAAAUCUUAAUGAUAAUACAGUAGGACCACAAGGAGCUCAAGCUCUUGCAAACAUUUUACCAAACUUUCGUGCUCUUGAACAUCUUAAUCUUGGAGACUGUUUGUUAAAAACAGAAGGUAGUUGUAUACUAGCAGCAGCUUUAGGAGUUGAAGGAAAUCAUCCUUUCCUUAUGGAAUUAAAUUUAAGUUUCAACGAAAUCCAUACAAAAGGAGCUGGACCUAUUGCUCAAGCAAUGGCUGAUAAAAGUUAUUUGAAUAAUUUACACUUAGAUGGGAAUUCAUUUGGAACAGAUGGUCGUGCUAUCUUACGUGAAUGCCUUACAAAUUUAGAACGUAUCGAUUCGCUAGGUACAUUAAGUGAAGAUGAAAGUGAUGAAGAAAAAGAAGAAGAUGAAUAUGAAAAUGAAGACGAAGACGAAGAUGAAGAAGAGGAUGAAGAUGAACAUGAGGUUGUGGAUGUGGAUGAGGAUGAGGAUGAGGACGAGGACGAGGAUGUAGAUGCAGAUAAUGAUGUGAAUGAAGAUCAUGCAAAUGAUAAUGCUGCUAUAACAAAUUUGUUAGAUACAAAAAUUGAAAAGAAAGUAACCAUUUCAGAUUUCUUAAAAUCUCCUACAGAAGAAAAGUUAUUACUAUUACAGUAUAAUAAUGCAGAACCUUUUGUUGAAUAUGUCAAGAAUUUAGUAAAAGAUAAUGAGAAGCAAUCAGAAUCCAAUUUUAUUGAAGAGUUUAUUAAAUUGGUUAUGAAUGUUUCUGCUUUUUGUGGAAGUAGACUUUUGAAUGUAAGAAUAAAAGCAGAAACUCUUACAGAUAUUUUAUAUGCAGAGCUCUUCGCAUUUGUUGUAAAACACAAACAAAUUACAAUUUUGAACAAUGCUUUACUUGUAAAUUUAGGUUUAUUAAAGAGUGAAGAUAAGAAGGCUGGAAAAAUUGAUUGGAAUUUAGAAGGUUGUUUCAAAGCAUUAGAAAAAAUCAGUAAAAAAGAAUAUUUCCUCCAACAAACAAGGGAUACAUUAAAGUUUUUCUUGGAAAAACCAGUAACAGUUAGCCGUGUAAAAGUAACAGAUCCUUUCCAAGAUUCCAAAAAUGCUCUUAAAUCUGCAUUAAAUUGUAUUCAAACAACAUAAUUAUUGUGGAGUAUACAUUUAAUAAAAAUGUUGUCAUAUAUGUGCCCAUAUUUACAAUGAGCUAGUUGGUAAAGUAGUUUAUAUUCAAGAACUCUCCAUCUUAAAUAAAAAAUUUUUCGUAAUUAUAUAUAAUAUUUAUACAAAGUAAUCAACUUUAAUUUUGAAAAAUGUGUAUACACUUUUCCUGACUUGUACAAAUUAUUUUGUACACAACUUUUAUGUUUUAUACAAAUUUGUAUGCUGUGUAAAAAAAAAAUUCACAUACUCAAUACAAUACAAUUUCUUCUAUUAAAUACUUUUGAUAACAACAAUAUGUAAAAACCAAUAAUUCACAUAUAGAAAAAUAAAUAAUUAUUAUA